CCACUUUUCCUAUUUAUUAAACUGCCCUCUUCCCCUCUCUCUCUCUCUCUCUCUCUCUAAAACCAACCACCGGAAAAAAAUGCAGCCUUGCAGCAGAGAAAUGGCCGCCGGCGGCCUCAACUCCCCAACAACUACACCACCCUCCCACCAAUUCCAACUCCACGACCUCCACCAGAUCCACGGCCACUUCGACCACCCUUCCUCCGCCGCCGCCGCCGCCGACUUCCUCGACCAAUUCCUCUCCUCCGCCGCCUCCUCCCCCUGGUCCUCCGCCGCCGCCGCCGCAGACCUCAUCAAGUCCCCCUGGGCCGACCUCGCCGCCGACGACGACAAUGUCGCCGCCGGCAACGGGUUCUUCGACGACCCCUCCGCCGUCAGCCUCGUCGCCAAGCUCCGCCACCACCAGAUCAACGGCGGCAACAACACUAACGGUAAUCACAACAACAACAACAAGAUGAUGCUUCAGCAGCAGCUCCUCAUGGCCGGCGACGGAGCUCCGGCUCCGCUGUUUAACGGGUUCGGGUCCGGAUCUAUCCAGUCCCCGCCCCAUUUCCACCAUCCCACUAUGCAACCCGGACAGAGCUUCGGCGCCGGCGGAGGAGGACCGACCGCCUCGCCGGGGAAAGCUCAGCCGCAGGCGAGUGGGUCGGCGGCGACGGCGUCGCAGGGGAAGCCCAGGGUCAGGGCCAGGAGAGGCCAAGCUACCGACCCACACAGUAUAGCUGAAAGGUUACGAAGGGAAAGAAUUGCAGAGAGAAUGAAGUCCCUGCAGGAGCUGGUUCCCAAUGCCAACAAGACGGACAAGGCUUCCAUGCUGGACGAGAUCAUCGACUAUGUCAAGUUCCUCCAGCUCCAAGUCAAGGUCCUCAGCAUGAGCCGCCUCGGCGGCGCCGGCGCCGUCGCUCCUCUCGUCACCACCACCGCCACCGCCUCCGAGGUAAACCCUAACCAAAAUCCUAAUGGAGGAGGCGGCGGAGGGAGCAACAACGCCACCGCCGCAGCAAACGGCGGUUCGUCGGCGAACGAGAGCAGCAUGACGAUGACGGAGCACCAGGUGGCGAAGCUGAUGGAGGAAGACAUGGGCUCGGCGAUGCAGUACCUGCAAGGGAAAGGGCUCUGCCUCAUGCCGAUCUCCCUCGCCACCGCCAUCUCCACCGCCACGUGUCGCCCCGGCCAGCCGUCGUCUCCCAACAUGUCGGUACUCACCGGGGACGUCGCUGUCAAGGACUCCACGUCAGCUACCAAGCCGUGAUCCGUCACGGCGUCGUUUCACUUUUUUGGCUCUGCUUUUGGAAUUUGGAGGUGGUGAUGACGUGUGCGCGUGCGACUAGUGUAGUCUGACGUGGAUGGAUGGACGGAACGGGGUUUUCGGGUUUCUACAAAACGGAACGUUGACGAAGUCUACGGAAAUAAGGGGUCGGAUUGACUGACGGAGAAUGGAGUGGUUUACACGACGUCGUAUUUGCGUAGACUUUGUUUUUAUACUUGUUUAGUAUAGAGCUUUAGCUAACUACUUUUUAAUGUUAUUUUGUAUUUUGCUUUUUGCUCUAAUUCCCAACAAGACCACUACGGUUACCAAAAAGACACAAGAUCCGACCAAAUCCCGAGGAGUAGAAGAAGGAAUUCUUUUGUUUUUAGGGGGGGAGGGGUUUACUAGAUGAUUAAUUAAAUUAAUUAAUUAUCAUGUAUGUACUUAAAUUAAUUUAAUAGUAAGUUGGAUUUAAUAAAUUAUAAAUUCCUACAUCGUUUGUUAAAGGAUUCCAGCUUAGUCGAGUGAGAUUAGGAAUGUGCAAC